UGACAGCCCACCCAGGCCUGCCCCCCCCUCCUAUCAAGCCCAGGAGCAAACUGCCUCGGCCUAUAAGGUUCCUUAGCUUGCCAAAGGCUGCCACCGGCUCAGGGAGAAGAAGAUCGAGGGCUUGACCUCUCUCCGUGUGAUGGCUCAGAACCACAUGGACAUACUGAUGCCUAAACUCCAUGAUAUCUGCCUUGCCAUUAUAAAUGAGGUGAAGAACCUGCGCUCUGCAGUGUCCUGUGCUGCCAUGGCCACACUGGGUGACAUGUACGUCCACCUCCAGAGGGCCAUGGAUUGUGAGGUGGAGGGGACGGCACGCGUGCUGCUGCACAAAGCCAGCGAGGCCAACGCCUUCAUCCGGCAGGGCGCCAACUUUGCCCUGGGUCACAUGGUGCAGAGCUGCACCCCUACCCGUGUCAUGAAUGCCCUGCUGGUCGGUGGGCUGAGGUAAAGAGGGAGAGGGGUCAAUUAACACUCACUAAGGGGUAGAUCCGGACUUCCACAAAUUGUCCCAUUAUCCAAACCUAUAUA